UCAACAUGGCUACAUUAUUUACGCGGUCAUCGCGUCCAGUCAUUCAUAAUUUGCGUCAAUUACCUCAAUUGCGCUUAGUGUCUACUUUGGAAGGCCACCCUCAUAUAUAUACCUUCCCCGACAAAUCGAGACCAGGAAAUCAUAUUCUCUCCUUGCUCUCUUCAGAACCACCAAAUACAGACCUUGCCAUUGGCACUACCUCAAAACUCCCUCCUACUCCGGACUCUUUCGAGCAGAAUUCCAAGUUUCUCAAGAUUCUGGAUGAAGUUGUUUCUGAACAUGCCGUGGAAGAUCCCGAAGUACAAUCCCAAGCUCAAGUGAUGGUGUCUACAGCGGGUGCCAACUUGGGCUCGGGUGGUUUCUUCUUUGCACCUCAACAUAACCAGAAAAGAAGACCAGGCUAUGGGCAGGGGAUAAGUACUGGAGGUGAUUCUGCUGGUGGUGCAAGCGGACAAGGUGGUGUCGGUUCUGGAGGGAGAGGCGGAUGGAUUCAUGUAUCUGAUAGCCGGCGACCGCCAGAGUAUGGUCGAAUUGCGUGGCCUGAAGAUAUCUUUGGUAGUGUCGAAGUUGACGGCAACGGAAAGUUUGUUGGAAGAAAUGGGAACUACCAAUCUAGUGGCACUUACCGAAUUGUGACUCGUGAUGGGAUACUCGGACUGAGCCCAUUCCUGAGAGAGAAGCUAGUUGAACGACUCCGGAAAGCCGGUUGAGCAUCGCGGCUCUGGAAGACCACAUCAAUCGUUGCUCCAAAUAGCAGCCUCCAGCGAGUACUACGUACAUCAAACGGCUCAGACCGAACCUCCAUUCGGCACAGAUCAUCAUUGCCGAGCAUUUCCUGAAACGUCUAGGACCGAAGGGCGUUGCACACCCUUCGAAGGCACUUCAUUCAUAUGUACAUGAAACUACAUGUAUAGCUUGCACAGCUCAUGGCCUCAGCUGGGUAUCUAGAAAUCUAUACACAUGAUAUAUCCUCAAUUCUUAAUCCCAAUAACAGCCAAAUUCCUCGGACUCUCCGCAUAAUCAAACACCGGCUCAACCCAACACUCCUGCACAAUCCCCGAAGCCAUAUGCUCCCUUAGAUACUGCCACCGAUCAAUCACAAUCAUAGCCUCAACCAAUGUCGCAGAAAACGACAUCAAAAUCCAAACAAUACUCAGACUUUUCUUCGUAUGCGCGUAUUCGCUAACGUACUUCUCCAGUUCGGCAAUUGUGGCUUCUUCGUUCUCGAGCAGCGGUAGCAAUUUAGAGCGGUGAGCAGGUUC